ACCACUUUUUGGCUUGAUCACUGCAGCCAGAUUAGCUGCUAACUAUCUUUGAAAAUGCCUGUACGCUCAUCUUCGUCAGCGGCGUACAUACAGAACACUUCAUUAAGUUCAAAUGGUGUACCUUCGACACGCCCAACUUCACUAACGAUUCAUCCGUCUGCACUCUUCUCGAUCCUUGACCACUACCUUCGGCGAACAGAUGCUCAACAUCGUGUCAUUGGUACCCUUCUUGGUACCCGCACGGACUCCACUGUUGACGUCAAAUCUGCAUUUGCUGUCCUCCACUCGGAAACCGAUGAGCAGGUUGCCGUGGACAUGGACUACCACCGUGCCAUGUACGACCUCUGCAUUCGUGUUAGACCCAAUGAAACCAUCGUAGGAUGGUACUCGACUGGCUCAGACCUAAACACAUACUCUGCCUUGAUCCAAAAUUUCUACUCCCAAGAGACCGCACCGAAUCAAGCGGUACACGUUGCCCUUGACACUGGAACGGAGGAGGGCAAAGGUGCCGGAGUGAAGGCAUAUGUAAGCUCACCAGUUGGGAUCUUCCCGAAACCUGAAAAUUGUGUAUUUGUUCCAAUCCCUUGCGAACUUCGCUUCCACGAAGCAGAACGCAGUGGCCUCGACCUACUGUUGUCUCCAAACCCGUCAUCCAAUCAAACCGACCUUGAUGUCCUUGCUUCCUCAUUGACAGACGUGCAAAACAUGCUCAACAGAGUACUUGCCUAUGUACAGUCUGUCUUGCGCGGUGAGGUUGUCGGGGACAAGGCAGUCGGAAGAUAUCUUAUGGACGUAUUGGGCACUGGCGUGGAGGAAGAUGGCGGCUGGACUGCAGGGCUUCAGGACACCCUGAUGGUAACAUACCUCGCGAACUUGGUCCGAAGCCAAGCCGAAGUUUCUGCAAGAUUAGCGUUGACCACCGCAGUAUGAGUAACGUGCUAGAUUCGUUGUCCGCCGGUAUUCAACGCUUUCAUCUGCGAAAAAUUGGUGGCUUGUAUCAGUGUGCACUAUAGUCUGCUGUACCAGUCAUCCUCAUACUCCUCUAUGUAGAACAGCCGCCUGCGGCAACCCUAGUUGAUGUGUGCGGUUGCUUUCCUCGCGCGAAGGGGGAAGACAAUUAUCAGAAUUGAUUUUUUUAUCGAGAUAAA